GCGAUAGACCCUGGCGGUACCAACAUGAUACGGCGAGGGGAAAGGCAUGGGUCCAGCUCGGCACUUUCCAAGCAACUGCCCGGCGCGGCGGCGGAUAUCCACACCUGCUAUCGUCUACGAACUAGGUGAGCGAGGGUGACGAUGAUGACUAUGAUUGAAAGCUAAGAAGAAUCUGAGGAAUUAUCAGGGUGAGCGCCAACAAAGGCGCAUGCCCUUGAAUGCGCACGGAGAGUGAAGAAUGCAAUGGUAGGUGGCAGAUACUAGGGGCAAGCCGCAGUAGCAAGUGCGAGAAGGUAGAACCAAGAGAGCGAAGAAUCGCAAGCAGGAUGGCGACCAACCAACCUCAACAACAACAAGGAGCGAACUCAGGAAGGACCGGCAGAUCCCCCCCCCGAGAUCGGGAUGUGGGACUAACGGAAGAAGCAAGAGUAAAGCUCCUCAUCGCCAAGUGCUUUGAAGACGGAGUUUCUCCGGAGAAUCUUAACCAUGGAGAGUUCGUGGUUGAGAAUGGAGUACGGAUAUUCAAAGUGGAUGAUAACGUAGGUAGACUGACGACUUCCUGGCUCAAGGAUAGGGUGGUAACAGUCAUCUUCCAGGGAGCAGCGAGAGACCUGCCGCUUAAAGUGAGAGAAAACCUUAUCAGGGCGUACGAAAAUGGUUGGACGCGACAACGUAUUUUCGAUCGAACUGUAAGAAGAGGGAGAACUCAUGGGGAAGGGCCAAACAUUAUCUCCUACAUCGCAAUGACGAGGGAGAUUGCACAAUGGAUGGUGGCGAAAGCAGAGGAUAAGGUAGUGGUGGGAGGAGUAGAGUACCUCAUGCUGUUUAAGCCUUGGAUGACGAGGAAGGAGCUCGAGGAGAGAAGAAGAAUAGACGAUGAAACAAAGUUUUGGGUGAUUGCAUUGCGAGUUCCGAUCCGGGCAGCCUUUCACCUCCACGAUAUGCUGGAAAAAGCGAUGGGUAAAGUGAUCAAGACUUACGAUGCAGAACCUGACAAGACGCGCCCGAAGCUGAUGAAUAGGAAGUACGACUUAGUGAAGGAAGCCGAGUGCAACUUUGUACCAGAACUUCCUAUGAAGCUCGAAGAUGGAGAGAUUCUGAUGAUAAAGUUCGUGUGUAAACACACGCCCUGGUGUGACCGUUGUCGCUGGUGGUUCCAUACUGAAACAGAUGGCUGUCCACGUAUGGAAGAAGAAGACCUAGGAGGAGCAGUCGAGAGAAGGUUUGGGAACCUCAACAUCAGAACACCAGAUACCAGAUCAGCUCCAGGACUCCAACGGGGAAUACAGGAAGCAGCCAGGGACGUUCAACAAAGCACCAUGCAGAGACGUCCUCAACCUGAACAGGGUGGGCGGUCGAGAGGAGAGUCUUCAAAUCAGGGCCAGGCAGCACGAACGGGUGAACGCGGUGGUGGAGAUUGGGGUAGGAGUGGAUUGGGAGGAAAUCCAGUGCAUUCAAGCGGGAUGCUGUAUCCACAGCAGAGAGGAGCCUUUUCUCCAUAUGUAGGCGGGGGAAGCUUCGUGCCCUGGCAACAGCAACAGGCAGCUGGAAUUUGGCAAAACGCUCAGGCGUGGCAGUCGGCCGGGGGAGUGAUGCUUCAAGGUGGACAAUCAAGCGGCAUGUACCCAUACCCGGGCUACCAGGGACCGAGACCGAGUGGACUGGGGGUGGGGUAUAUGCCCACAGCAGACGUGACUCAGCCUAGAAGGGAAGUGGAAAGGGUGGAGAGACCCGGAGUAGAAUUCCGAGGGGAGGACAGAGUUUCUCACAAAGUAACCUUCCAAGAGGUUCAACCCCCGCCUCCGGGCAUGGAUAUUGAGGAGGUGAAUCCUCUCGAGAAGCGGAAAGAGAGGGAAGGAGCACAAAGCCGGGCCUCAUCGGAAGCCUCUUCAACACAUGGUGGAAGACCACGAGAGGUCAUUCUCCGGGCAGAGGGAGAUCAGGAAGGUGACUCGCGCGCAAUUGUACCAGGCGGGUUACCAACGUUGGGCAGGGGAGAGAGGGAAAAUGAGGAUAAUUUCCUGCUCCCCUUUGUGUGCGCGAUCCGAGGGCAGGAACCUUACUUGAUUGGUUUCAAAGCCUCAGACGGAUCUAUGAUCCUGCCUGCGGCACCUAUCCAAGGAUUGCCUACACCGGAGAUCAUAGCCCAGCAAACGAGGAGGCUGUAUAGCGAUAGGUUUCAGUUCAGGAUCUUUCCUGAGGAGAUGAUGGCAAAGCUAAGGCAAGAACUUCCCGGGGGAAGCCGAAUUAGGUACUCGACACCGUUGAUAGAUGCAAGGAUUCCCCCGGAGUGCUGGGACGGGCUGAAUAAUGUUGGGCUGGAGUGUGUUCGGCUCAGCUGCAUUGUCAGCAACGAACAAUCAACACUCUCGUUGAUCAGCGUCGAACCUGGUGUCCAAGCUUCUUUCCUAGCGGAGCUGAACAGUCACCUACCAAGAAGCCGGAAUUUGAACUCACAAUAUUUUGUGGAUGCACUGAGGGGAAACUGGGAGGCAACCAGACUCGCACAUACAGAAGGGGAAGAUGGCAACCAGAUGGCACUUGCACAGCCCCCUUCAGUCGGCUAAAUGAGUAAGCGAAGGUUAGUGUCGUGGAAUGUGCAGGGUCUA